UGUGACUUGUGGUGUAUUUUGUAUUAGCCAAUCAAAGAAAGACAUUUAUUAGUUUGAAUAACCGUUUGAGGAGUUUGCGGAUUUUGACGAUUUCCUUGCUUCGAUAUUAUUUUGCUGAAAGCAAGUACGUUUUGUUAUAAGUUGUGUGCAUAAAAUUUAGACCGGUAUAAAAGUGACAGUUGUGCUUAUUAGAAUGGAUAAGGAAAAUGAUAAAACAAAUCAUCAGUCGACUACGCAAGCAUUAAAAGUCAGCCGUUUUAAGUACUUGCACAUUUCUGAAACGACUUUAACGGACAUUACUCGAUCAAAAAAUGUGGAAAGUACGAAUAACGAUGAAGAAGAAACAUGUGAGAUUAUGUUGACAAAAAAUACUGACCAAGAUGAAAAUAACACUGCAAAAAAGUCUACAGAAUUAAUGCCACCGCCUAAAUUGCUAGUAGUGUCCAAGUCAGCAGGUAUUACUCAGGAUCAGCAAAAAUCUAAUACUGAUAAUGCCAAAGAAGUAAAGGACAGCAAAAAUGAGGACACCCAGAAAGUCUCUAAUGCAGCUGCAAGUAAUCCAAGUAAGGAAAAUCAAAGACAGAAGACAUGGGUAUUGACAGAUUUUGAUAUUGGCCGACCUCUGGGUAAGGGAAAAUUUGGUAACGUGUACCUAGCUAGAGAAAAAAGAUCGAAAUUUGUGAUAGCCAUGAAAGUGCUUUAUAGAAUGCAAGUAGAAGAUGCUAGGAUUUCGCAUCAAGUACGACGUGAGAUAGAAAUUCAAACUCAUUUAAGACAUCCAAACAUUUUAAGAAUGUAUGGAUAUUUUUAUGAUGACCAGCGAAUUUAUUUAAUAUUAGAAUAUGCACCGAAAGGAGAGCUUUAUAAAGAACUAAAUAAGCAACCCAAUAAGCGGUUUGAUGAAGAAAGAACAGCCAAUUAUGUAGCUCAAUUAGCAGAUGCGUUAAAAUAUUGCCAUAGUAAGAAUGUUAUUCAUCGUGACAUUAAACCUGAAAAUCUACUUCUUGGAGCAAAUGGUGAAUUAAAAAUAGCUGAUUUUGGAUGGUCUGUGCAUGCUCCUUCCUCUAGAAGAGAUACUUUAUGUGGUACUUUAGAUUACUUGCCACCUGAAAUGAUAUCUGGUAAAACGCAUAAUCACACAGUUGACUUUUGGAGUGUCGGAGUAUUAUGUUAUGAAUGUUUAGUUGGCGAGCCACCUUUCUUUGCUAAGACUAGUGAUGAAACUUAUGUAAACAUAAAAAGAUUGCGAUUCACAUUUCCAAGCUUUAUUAGCGAAGAUGCAAAAGAUUUAAUUUCAAAGUUAAUAGUUAUUGAUCCUGAAAAGAGAUUGGAUAUGAACGGUGUUCUCACCCAUCCUUGGAUUGUGAAACAUUGCAAAACAGAUAAGCCAUGAAAUUUUCAGUCAUCAAUAUUAAUAUCUAAUUAUGUUAAAUAUACGUCUCUACAUAAAUAUACUACUACGUAAAUUCA